GUGUUCAUGGCUGUCCAAGGAAGUUGCAUCAGGCUGGUGGGCACCAUGGUGAAAGAAACUGGUUUUUAUGACAUUCUGGGUGUGAAGCCUAACGCCAGCCCUGACGAGCUGAAAAAAGCUUAUCGCAAACUGGCCCUGAAAUACCACCCAGAUAAAAAUCCAGCCGAGGGUGAGAAGUUCAAACAGAUCUCUCAGGCCUAUGAGGUGCUGUCCGAUGCUCAGAAGAGGGAAGUGUACGAUCGGGGAGGGGAGACGGCGAUCAAGGAAGGUGGAAGCACGGGAGGAUGCGGAGGCUUCAGCUCGCCCAUGGACAUUUUUGACAUGUUCUUCGGAGGAGGAGGACGCAUGCGCAGAGAGAGGAAAGGGAAGAAUAUUGUGCACCAGCUGACCGUCACCUUGGAGGAUCUUUACAACGGAGCCACCAGGAAGCUGGCCGUACAGAAAAACGUCAUCUGUGAGAGAUGUGAAGGCCGCGGGGGCCGUAAAGGUGCCGUGGACGUGUGUCAGUCCUGCCGGGGUACAGGAGUGCAGGUGCGUCUGCAUCAGUUAAUCCCCGGCAUGGUGCAGCAGAUCUCCACCGUCUGCACCGGCUGCAGAGGUCAGGGUCAGCGCCUCAGCCACCGCGACCGCUGCAAAGCCUGCACCGGCCGCAAGAUCACGCGCCAAAAGAAGAUCCUGGAGGUGCACAUCGACAAAGGUAUGAAAGAUGGACAGAAGAUCGUCUUCCAUGGAGAGGGCGAUCAGGAGCCUGGGCUCGAACCUGGUGACAUCAUUAUCGUCCUAGACCAGAAAGCGCAUCCCGUAUUCACCAGGCAGGGAGAGGACCUGAUCAUGACCAUAGAGAUUCAGCUUGUCGAGUCGUUGUGUGGCUUCCAGAAACCUGUUAAAACCCUGGACAACAGAACCCUGCUUGUUACGUCUCAUCCUGGCGAGUUGAUCCGGCCGGGAGAUAAGAAGUGUGUGCUGAACGAGGGGAUGCCGAUGCACCGCCGACCUUUCGAGAAAGGCAAACUCAUCGUCCUGUUCAACGUGGUUUUCCCCGAGCCAAACUUCCUGCCGGAAAACAAACUGAAGCAGCUGGAGCAGUACUUCCCCGAUACCCGAGAGAAAACCGACCCCGAGGGCAUGGACGACGACCUGUAUAUUUACGCCGACCUCGAGGACUGUGACCCGAACCAUCAGAGACGCAAUUACCACUACGUCGAUGAGGAGGAGGACUUGUGCCAAGGAGGAGGGGUACAGUGUCAAACCUCAUAGGGCUUCCAUUGUUCUUUUAUUUCUCUUCCAUGUUCCUAAAGCUUAUGUGGUUUUUUUUUUUACGUUAAAAAAAAGAUAAUAAUGAUUAAGGAUUUAAAAAAUAUAUACAGUAUAUUGUCUAUUAGAAACAGUUCCCCACGCUAAGCCCGGUAGGGAGGUGAUGAUUGUGAAGCACGGUGUUGAUUAUGGAGAUGAUGUUAAGUGUGGAUGCUCAGUGGAAGGUGAGUUAGUUAUCUGAUAUCUGUAGGGGUGCAGUGUAGUGAGAGCGAGCGCAAAACCGACCUGCCGACCAGGUACGCGCAGCUACUAUUUUACUAAAAUAUUCACUAAUUAAAUCGAACCUCAGUUUGUUAUUCAAGUAAGAAAAAUGCUAGGGACGCACCGAUCUUGUGCUGAGCGCUAGAUGGACUAAACCUGGUGGGUUUGGUUUGGAAUUGGUGCAUUACGCCCUUGCAAAUCAGGAAAGCGCAAGAAAAGGAUCAAGAUUUGGCUCGUCGGUCACUCUGGUCAGUGCUGAUGUUUGGACGCAUCUCUGUGCUGUUUAUUUUAUAAGGAUGAGUUUCUCCAAAUGCUGGAUUUGGGACACAAACGUUGGGCUUGGGACCGGCGCCGAGAGCGCACUGAUGCACGUUCGCCUCUCAAUUCAACGGUCAACCGAACGUGGAUGUUGACCAGGGGGCACAAACAUUUGCGCCAGACUGUAGUGGCAGACAGACUUGUUGUGUGCGUGUUCUUAGUUUCUCGAACCCUCAGCGUACGUGAACUGCUAGUGAGAGGUUAUGGUUUAAAAAAUAACAAAACAAAACAAAACAGUGUUUUCUAUACGCCUGGCAACCCUGAAAAUAGUUGCAUGCACAGGCUUCGAAGUCAGACGUCUCAGUUUCUUACAGAACUGAAUUAAUCACUAGAAAACAAGAGCCGUGCUUCAUUUCUAUUCCAAACUUCCCGGAUCUUCCUGGUGCUUCAUCGCCAGGAACAACCUGCUCACGACACGAUCCUGUACAGCUGAUGAUUACUGCAGAAUCAGCAACAACAACAAAAAACUAAAACCAUGUUUCUUUUCUGUUCUUGCCAUAUUUAAAUGUGCCAAUUGAUUUUUAGUUUGAAUUAAUACUGUGAUUAAUAGUUAGUGCUGCUAAAAGUGAACAGCAAGUUUAAAGGUGACAUUUCUAACAGGGAUGGGAGCGAUUCUAAUAUUAAUAAUAGCAUAAAUGUUAUAAAUAACGUCUGUCUAAAUUACGACCUUUUUUAAUCUGAGUUUGUUUUUCUCAUGUGUAGCAGCUUUUGCACUGUCGAUUAUUUAUUAGCACCUUUUAUAAUGUCAGUUCCACAGCAUUGAUGCACACAUUUCUAUUACGUUUAAUAUUUACCGAUAUUUUAGCACCUUCCUUCCUUCUUUUAUUCCUUAUUUUUAUGUUUUAUGUUGUUCGCCAAACAUCAACGUCGGUUUAUUUUACCUGUGAGAAAAGCUUCAUUUAUGGAUCAUUUCAGAUGCACUCCAGUCCUGCCAAAAGCCAAACAAAAUAGUCAGAAUAUUUUAUUUUAAGGGCAGUGGUAGCUCAUUGGGUUAAGGUAUUGGACUAGCAAUCGGAAGGUCACCGGUUCAAGCCCCACCACCACCACCAAUUCCCACUGUUGGGCCUCUGAGCAAGGUCCUUCACCCUCAGUAGCUCGAAUUGUAUUCAAUUGUAAAGCGACCGCUAAAUCCUGUAUAUGUAUGUAAAUGUAAUUACAAUUUUUGGGGUGGUUUUAGGGGCGAGGGGAUACCUUCUAAAUUUAUUGAGUACUGUACUAGGGUCGGUUUUAUUAGGACUGAUAAUCUGAUAAUGUAAACAUUUUAACUUUGACAUUAAACUGUAAUCGUUCCUCUUUA